AGUAAUAUUCACUUAAAUAUGUAUCACCUGCAAAUGAAUGCAGUAGGCCUGUGCACUGAAAAUCUGGAGGCUGCAACGAUCUCCCUGAGAGAAGGGUUUCCAAAGUCUGGUGGUUCUGUAAGUUGUACGUCUCACUAACAGGAGGAGAGCUUCAGGUUCCUUCUCUGGCACAGAAGUUUUAUAAAGCCUUUUUCUUGGCACCAAUGGCCUGGAGGAGCCCUCUCAUCAUCUUCAUGUUAUUGGCUGGCAGCCUGUGGCACGGGGACUGUGAUCCAGAUGCAGGGGUGAUAGAGAAGGGCAGGGCACAGCUACAGAUGCUUCAGGACUUUGCCCGCCACCCUCGCUUUGGAGACUGUUGGCACCAGGCCCUUAAGAGGGUGGACGUGGGCUGCAAAAGGCUGAAUGAAGAAGAGCAGAGUCGUAUCGCUCUGGCAUUCACUCACUGUCAUCUGGAGAGAUCAGGCCGUGACUUCCCAUCUUGCACAGAGCAUAGCUCUAUCCGGCAGUGCACUCGUGGGAUGGAUUCUGUGGCCUUUAAUGCCUACACAGAGUUUUUCACCCAUGCACACAGCAUCUGUUACUAUCUGCAGAAUGAGAUGUGGCAGGAGCAGGCCCAGGACAUCAUACUGCGACUGACUAUAAACUCUGACAGUGUGGCUCAGCAGCUAGAGGCCACAAACCUGAUGGCGGAAGAGAUGAUACAAGCACAAAAUGCUACACUCCAGUCACAGGAGGAGAUCCUACGCAAUGGGAACAUGCUGAAACAGACACUCCAAGAGUCCACGAUGGGAGUGAAGCAAGCUUUCCAUGAGAUGCAGCAAUCUGCCAAUGAGCAGCGAUUGUUAUUCUCUGAAAUCUUCAACCGGAUAACCUACCUGCACCAUUUUGUUGUGGGUGAAUCCAAUGCUCUGUACUCUUUCCUGUACAACCUCAUGGCCUGUGGUGCUGCUUUCCUGCUGACUUCAACACAGCGAACUGCUGGCGCCAGGCUGAUUCUGUUUGGCCUGAUCGCGGCCAAUAUAUACACAGAGAGAAUGAUCUGCUCAUAUAUCCUGGGAGGCUCCGAUUCCAACUUUGAACAGACGGAUAAUAUAACUUUCUGGGUCGGAAUAGCCCGUAAAAUCUCUACUUCAAUUGGCCUGUCGGUCCUCCUCUACUUCUCUCUGACCCAUAGGGAUGUACAAAAGCAGAGCCUGGAGGUGCUGCAAGGGUUGCAGGAAACCAAAGCAGAGCUGCAGAGCAUUCUCCGGGAGGCUGAGAAGCUUCUGAACAAACCUGAGCUGCACCAGGACAUAAUACCUCUGGUGGCCGGAGAUUCUGGGAUUCUAGAUCCAUCAUUUAUCCAAGAAUAUAAAGGCCACAGUUUGUUGCUUGACUCUCUCUACAAUGAGCCACUCGAGGCAAAGAUCACAAGUACGCCAAAAAGGAGAAGCCGUUCUCCAUCACGCAGAGUGAGCCGUGGGAGGACCUCUCGAGCCUUGGAGCCAGUUGUGUACAGUAUUCCUGUUCCUCUGCCAACAACUCCACGGUACAAUUUGCGCAGUUCAUCCCUGUCCAACUCUGUGGCUGAUCAGUAACAGUAUAACGGCACUGUCAUAUGGGCGGGGGUAACAAUCUUAAAGAUUUCCUUAUUUAAACUGGUAGAAGUACCACCUUUUGUGUAAAUAAAGAUGUAUUUUUUUUUAUAUAAA